GCGUUCAUGCAUCUAUAAUUAUCUCGCUAUCAGCGGACGUUAGUUGACUACUAUCAAUCAUAUGACUCAAUCAAAAUCCGUUAUAGUUAUAGGGGCAGGAGGGACAUUCGGAAGUUCAACAUGCUUGGAGUUAGCUCGUAGAGGUUAUAAGGUAACCGGUCUCGAUAAGCACGCAUAUCCGUCACUUAUCAGUGCUGGGAAUGAUCUCAAUAAGAUUGUCAGAACCGAGUAUGCUGACCCUCUUUAUGCACAUCUAGCAUCUGAGGCGAUCGAGGUGUGGAAAAGCGACAAUGUAUUCAAUUCACACUUUCAUCAAACUGGCUGUCCCCCAAGAAUAGUUGUGAAACCACUCAGAACAGUAGUUGAAGCAUCUACUAUACAUCUUAAUGAGUCCGCCUCUGUACCACUGCAAUGGACGAUUGUAUCACCUCCUUUGACUACAAAGAUACCAGCACCCCAUGUGGCCAUCCAGAAGCCAGCAUCACCAACCCAUACAGACAUUACGACUAAUGAUAAAGCUACAAUAACGCCUAAAGUGAGUUUCGGAAAUAAUAGUUGCUUUAAAGGUGAGGUCAUGAUCGUACAGGGACAAGUCCGAUGUACAUAAAUAAAUUCUCAACUACUUGUUCUUGGCCGAUUUUAUGUUUU